UUUAGCGCGCGAAUACCAAAGUGCGCGCGCCAUAUUACAUAAUAAACAACUCUUACAUCACCGACUCUUAAAUUCCAACAUGAGAAAAAUGUAGGAACGUAUCGAGACCAAAAACCACAUUGUUUUAAAAUUCAACAUGACAAAUCACUCAUGUAAUAGCAUGAUAACAAUAGCAGAUGACGUCAUCAUCGCCGUGUUUCGCUUCUUGGACAUGCGCAGUUUGUUGAGCGCUUCUCUGGUAUGCAGAAGAUGGUAUCUACUUACCCAAGAUUCCUCUCUCUGGACAGACCUAGAUCUUGCGCAAUACAGCACUAAGCUACAACCAGCCGCAAUACACAGGUUACUGAGCCAAUCAUUCGCUCCCCUAGGUCGCAGACUCUCUUUAGCUACAUGUGCAGUGAAUUCAGAGACGCUUGUUUGCGUGAGACAAAGGUGCCAUAGCUUGCACAUUCUCAACCUAAAUGACGCUGUUGUUCACAGUACCAGCUCGGGUCACGGUAGCGAGGGGGUAAGGGAGCAUCUGCGCUCGCUAAGAAUGCUGGAUAUGCGGAACAGCCGUGGAAGCAUGGACGAGAUAAAACAUUUCUUGCGAAGCGCCGAGAAUCUGGAAGGCUUAGGAUUGCAUUCCACGUUUCGGUCUUCCUUGGCUCACCAGGUCUUCAGCUCGAAACCUCACCUACGUGUAUUGGACUGCGGACGCUGCGACGCCAUCGACGAUUUUUCAGUCACUACUAUCGCUACAAACUGUCACGAGCUAGAAUACCUCUCCCUCUCUCGCUGUUACAAUUACCUCGGCAACUCCUUGCCAAUACUGUUGCGCAACUGUCGCCACUUGACGACUUUGUUGCUGAAUGGUACGCGCGUUAGUGGUGACGCAGUAGUCGAAGCACAUUGGAGUAACACGGUCAUCGAAGCGCUAGACCUCAGACACUGCGCACACCUAGACGACCUCGCUAUCACCACAGUUUUAAUACUCCUACCACGCCUACGCUACCUUAGAUGCCCGCUGUCAGACGAGAACUGUAAGUUGAUGCAGUAUCGCGGUUUCCCGGAUGCGGAAGUCCUCCAAAUCCUGAGGCGUUAUCCAAUCACAAUAGACACUCUAUGCUCCCUCCUGAUUGGCUGCGAUCAAGUGCGUCACUUAGACGUCUCAUCUAUACCUUUCGCGCAGGAGCACUUUGAUGUGUUUCUGACACGAAUGCAGUCGCUUAGAUCUCUGUGUUUGGCGGCUAACGAUAGCAGUGGUACUGACCGCAUAGUGCGCAAAAUAGCGCAACACAGCAGACAUUUGGAGUCGCUUUGGAUCGUGUAUUAUCACUCUUGCCGCCAGCAGAACAUGAUGCGCGCCUUUAGCAACCUUAUACAGAGAUGCUGUUCCUUACACACCGUGAACUUGACAGGACUUUACGUCAAUGACUUGCUCUGUGAACUGCAGCAGCAUAAGAAAGAGAAUUGGCCUCAUCGCCACAUACGCUUUUUACAGAACGAGGACUUUGUGUUGCCGCAGCCAAAGCUUUGCCUAGAUUCGCUUAUGAAAUUUUGACAUUUAGCAGGUUAUUAGCUUUAGACUUUAAUUCAAUUUAGUUUUCAGAUUUACAAAGAUUUCGAAUUAUUGCCAAUAAAUUCGAACUGAUGUACAGUACAACAA